AUGUUCUCUUUUUCAGUGAAAACCAAGGGUUUCAGUGGAUUGCUCAUCAAAUAUGCCCUUGUGACCGCGGUCAUAGCCAUGAUUGUCAGAUUGAUCUUGUCUGUGGACGAACUGGCAAGAGAUGAGAUACCCGAGUUCUCGUUGAAGGCGCAUCCAUUCGUUCCGCCAAAGUCUUCGGACAGUCGGUCACCCUGUCCCGCCCUAAAUGCGCUCGCGAAUCACGGCUUCCUGCCGCAUGAUGGACGAAACAUCACGCGGAAAGACUACGUCCACGCCCUGCGCGAGGGUUACAGUCUCUCACUGCCCUUGGCCAUGCUCCUCACAUAUGGCGGGCACAUCGUGCUGGAGCAAUACUCCGUGCUGACACUAUCGGAUCUUGCACGACACAACUUCAUCGAACACGACGCCUCUCUGGGCCACUACGAUGCCAUCGGAACCGAGGAGUACGCGCCGAUCAAGGCCAGUGCGCAGCUCAUCCGAGAGCUCAUCGCCGAAUCCUCGGACGGCGAGGUCAUGACCAUGGAAGACUUCGCCCACGCGCGUGUCCGCCGGGAAGCCAACUACAGGCACCCGCUCGACGCGAUCCACGAGGAGAUUGCGCGCGGUGAGAUGUCGAUGGUUCUCGGGAUCUUCGGACGAGGCAACGAGACUGUGCCUGUCCGGUGGAUAGAGGAGUGGUGGCUCAACAGCACCUUCCCUAGCGAUUGGGCACCGACCCAUCAACAGACGUUGUUGAUGGCGGUUCAAGGAUCGCAAAAACUCAGGCGUCUCAUGCGAGACAUUCGCGCAGCAGCUAAAAGCGGGUAA